GUGGCCCAUGAAUUGGAACUUUAUAACACAGGACAUUAUUUAGGCAUGUUCAUUAAUUCUUUUGCUGUCUUUCAGGAAUGUGGUAUCUGGGUCUUGACAGAUGCAAACCUUGUGAAGGACAAUAUUGAUGGUGUUUAUGAUACUGCUGAGUAUGCUGAGAGGUUUGUGGAGGAAACUGAGUGAUACCGGGUGGAUCAUCAAGACUUUUCUUCAGUUAGCAAUGUGCAUGUCUGAAAGCAUUUUCCAGAGACUUGGAUUUGGCUGGACAACCACAUGGGAGCUAAGAUUUACCAAGACUUUGAGGUUACUGUACCUGAUUCUAUCACUUCUUGGGUAGCUUCUGCUUUUGUGAUCUCAGAAGACUUAGGCCUUAGACUAACAACUGCUCCAACAGAGCUAUGGGCCUCCCAACCAUUUUUCAUGUUUUUGAAUCUUCCCUACUCUGUUAUCAGAGGUGAAGAAUUUGCUGUGGAAGUAACCAUAUUCAAUUAUUUGAAAGAUGCUGCUGAGGUUACAAUAGUCAUCAAGGAAAGUGAUAGUUUUGAUGUUUUAAUGACUUCAAAUGAAGUUAAUUUCACAAGGCAUGAGCAGAAAGCUCUGGUUCCCAGCCAGGAUGAGGCAACUCUUCUUUUCCCUAUCACACUGAAAUAUCUGGGCGAUAUUCCCAUCACAGUCAGAGGUGCCUCAGUCACUGCUUUUGAUGCUGUCACUCAGAGGGUUUUAGUAAAGGCUGAAGGAAUAGAAAGAUCGUACUCACAAACCAUCUUACUAGAUUUGACUGACAACAAAACGUCCACUGUUGUGAAAACUUUGAAUUUCUCAUUUCCUCCUGAUACAGUUAACGGCAGUGAAAGAGUUCAGAUCACAGCAAUUGGAGAUAUUCUUUGCCCUUCCAUCAGUGGCCUAGCCUCACUGAUUCGGAUGCCUUAUGGUUGUGGAGAACAGAACAUGAUAAACUUCACUCCAAAUAUUUACAUUUUGGAUUAUCUGACUAAGCAGAAACAGCUGACAGAUGAUUUAAAAGAAAAAGCCCUUUCAUAUAUGAGGCAAGGUUACCAAAGGGAGCUUCUCUAUCAGAGGAACAAUGGCUCUUUUAGUGCUUUUGGGAACGAUGACCCUUCUGGGAGCACUUAGUUGUCAGCUUUUGUUUUAAGAUGUUUCCUUGAAGCUGAUCUUUAUAUAGAGAUUGAUCAGAACAUAUUGCAUAGAACAUAUACUUGGCUCAAAGGAUACCAGAAAUCCAAUGGUGAAUUUUGGGAGCCAGGAAGAGUGAGUCACAGUGAACUUCAAGGUGGCAAUAAAAGCCCAGUUAUGCUCACGGCCUGUAUUGUGACUUCUCUCCUGGGACACAAAAAGUAUCAGCCUAAUAUUGAUAUACAAGACUCUAUCAAGUUUUUGGAGUCUGACUUGAACAGAGAAAUAUGGGACAAUUACACUUUGGCUCUUAUAACCUAUGCACUGUCCUCGGUGGGGAGUCCAAAAGCCCUGGAUGCUUUGCGCAUGCUGACUCGGCAUGCAGAAAGGGAAGGAGACAUGCAGUUCUGGGUGUCAUCAGCACCCACCCUGUCUGAGUCCUGGCAGCCGCGCUCCCUGGAUAUCGAGGUUGCGGCAUAUGCUCUGCUUUCACACCUGCAGCACCAAGUUUCUGAGGGAAUCCCAGUGAUGCGGUGGCUAAGCAGGCAGAGGAACAGCCUGGGAGGUUUUACAUCUACCCAGGCUACCAUUUUAGCCUUAAAGGCCGUCUCUGAAUUUUCAUCCUUAAUGCAUACAGAAAGUACAAAUAUCCAAGUGACUGUGAUGGGACCUAGCGCAUCAAGACCUGUGCAGUUUUUGAUUGACACUCAGAACCGCAUUCUCCUUCAGACGGCAGAGCUUGCAGUGCUGCAACCAACUGUUGUUAAUAUUUCUGCAAACGGUUUUGGAUUCGCUAUUUGUCAGCUCAAUGUUAUUUAUAAUGUGAAAGAAUUGGGGUCUUUUAGAAGAUGGAGAUCUGUCAAAAAUCAGGAAGCUUUUGAUUUAGAUGUUGAUGUGAAAGAUGAGAAUGAUGUUAAUCAUGUGAAUUUGAAUGUGUGCACAAGGUUUUGGGUCUCAGAGAGGAGUGGGAUGGCCCUUAUGGAAGUCGGCCUUCUCAGUAGCUUUACUGUACCUUCAGAUGCAAUUCCUCUGAGUGAGACGGUGAAGAAAGUAGAACACAAUCAUGGAAAACUCAACCCUUAUUUGGAUUCUGGCUUCCUGGUUCCAUCCUGUGGGCUGAGUGCUCUCUGCAGAGUGAGUCCUCUCUGAGUCAUUAGCAACUGACAGAAAGUGGGAUGAACUGCCUGAGACAUGGAUUUGAGUGGUCUAGGAGUGAGUUCAUGUAAUAAUGCUAAGCGUCAAUAUCCCUUUCAGUAAAACAGACUCAAGAACCAGACCUAUCUUGCAAGGAUUAUUUAAUAAACCAAAUGAGUUUAAUUCAUUGAAAAUA